AUGCCGCGGGAGCUGUGGGACCAGCUCCACGAGCUCAUCGGCCACUGCCAAACCAAGUGGCGCGAGCAGAUGACGAUGGCGCCGUCGCACGGCGCCGACGGCCGAUCGUCACCACCGCAAGGUCCCACAACGAGCGAGCGGAAGGCCACUGAUACGCAGCCGACUCAAGUUGGGGAGGAAAACGAAGACGAAGAUGAAGAGGAGGGUGAAGAGGAAGGAGGCAAGCGUUUCAAACUUGACCUCCAACCAGUGGAGCGAAUACGGCGGCCCUCAAUGGAGCGGUUCCUACGCGACUACAUGCAAAAGGGGGUCCCCGUCAUCAUCACCGGCGGCAUGGACGGUUGGCCGGCCAUGAACGAGCGAGCAUGGGCCAAUUUGGACUACCUCAAGUCGAUCGCGGGUCCGCGCACAGUGCCGGUGGAAGUGGGAACGCACUACCUCCAUCCCGAGUGGAGCCAGAAGCUGAUGACGUUCGCUCAAUUCAUCGACAAUCAUGUCACCAACUCACAAGUGCCUGCAACGAACCGAGGCUACCUGGCGCAGGCACGUCCUGGCAAAGACCGCGGAGGUCCUCGUCAGCGUCUGUCUGACGAGCACUGUCGUUUGCGUAUUGAGCUUUUCGAGCUGGUGCCAGAGCUGCAAAGGGACUUUGGACUUCCAGACUACUGCGGCCUUGGACAAGGGGAGGACAUCAAGAUUCAGGCCUGGUUCGGGCCGAAGGGCACCGUGUCUCCUCUGCAUGAGGACCCGUACCACAACCUCCUGGCGCAAGUCGUGGGCCGCAAGCGAAUACGCCUCUACUCGCCCCACAACACGCCCUUCCUCUACCCCCACACCGGGAAGACGCUGAAGAACACCUCGCAGAUCGAUGUCGAAAGGCCCGACCUGGAGCGGUUCCCGCUGUUCGCGCAGGCCCAGGGCGAGGAGCUGGUGCUGGAGGCCGGGGAGAUGCUCUACCUCCCGCCGCACUACUGGCACUUUGUGCGCUCCCUCUCCGUCAGCUUUUCCAUCAGCUUCUGGUUCGACUAG